CCUCGAAGAAGAAACGCCUGGAAGGAAGGAAGGAAGGAAGGAAGGAACGGUAUUAUUCGAUUUCGAUUCGAAAGCCAGCCCGGUUAAAACCGGUGGAAACGUAUACAUAUAUGAUGGCGGUGUGCAUGUUUUGGCUUCUCACGUACGUGGGACAAGGCCUGGACCUGGCCGUGGGCAAUCGUCCGGUGAUCAUAAUGCAGGGUGCACAGGAGCAGCAGGACUACCGGCACGGUAGCGGUAUCAGAAAGAAGAGCGAGUUGAAUUCGGUAGGCAAUAACCUGUUGCACUUCAGAAUAUAUCCUCCCGAGGCCUCUCACAGGGACGACCUGUCCAAUUGGCUCCUAUUGAACGACGAGCCACGGAUCUCCUCGUGGACGCCAGCCGGCAUAUUGAUCGACGAUAUGAUCAGGGAGCCGAGGGAGCUUCAGACUGUAUUUUUCGCCCUGUCCCCAGCUAUGCUGAACACGCUCUACUCGGAGUACGUGAACACCGCCGCCUCGCAACCGGCCGACCACUUUCUCCACGAGGAUCAACAGCAACAAGCCGUUGGGGGUCCGUUGGUUGGCCAACGCGGCAAAAAGCUGCGUAUCGACUGUAGACACUCUAGGAACACGGUCAGCCUGCCUAUAAGAGUGUGCGACGACGAGAAGACGACGGGGCGGAACGGCCUCCAAGAAGCCAGACAAUCGAAUUACGACGAUCUCUUCGAGCAGAAAUUGAACACUGCUGCUAAUAUGAAGACUGACCCAACGUCACGGGGAUCCGAGAAGCUUCAACGGGAUUAUCAGAAUGCCGCGACGUUUGUCCCGAGGCCACCGUUGUUCGGCCUCGACGCGGGCAAACCUCCCGGAAAGAGGAGCCAAACUCCUGUUGGACGCCGCUCAAUCGACCUCUCAGGAGAGUCGGCCCCGCAUCAAGCUCAACCGCCGUCCUCCCUCGGGAACGGUAUCAGCGUCGCUUCUCAACUUAUGCUCAGAUCCACCAGGGGAAGCAUACAGUACGACGUACCGCAAAUCGAAUGUCCUAUCUCAGAGGACGGGAUGGAAAGGUUUGCGUGUCCCUCAGCGGACAGAAUGGGUAGAUACCAUUGCAUCGACGAUCACGCCUUGUGCGACGGUUUCAUAGACUGCCCUACAGGCGAAGACGAGGACAGGCAAGCCUGCAUGUUUUACAAAACUACGAAAGCUCACCUUGACGUAUUGGCAGAUGCCAUUUUGCGAUGGGCAAGAGGACGCUAAUUCCUUUGUUGACGAUGAACCUCUGACCUGCAUAAAAUCAUAAGUCUGACGAGUUUACUUCUUUAUACAUUCACCUAUACAUAUAUAUAUAUAAAUAUAAAUAUAAUAUGUAUAUGAUAUAUAUUCCCAUAUGUAUGUAUACGUGUACACAUGUCUCUCGUGUACCCGUACACAUAUCCAGGGGCUUUCGUUUCGUUGCUGGCGAACGUUUCUCUUGCGAGCAGCACGAGAGGGGGAUGAAGAGAGAUGAGAUCGUUAUUUUUUCCCUUCGAGAGAGAAAAAAAAAUGCAAUUUAAGAAAGGAAAUUUUAACAUUUGUUUGAAAAAAAGAUGAAGAAAAAAAAAUUAUAAUCGACAGUUGGAUAUCGGAAUAUAGAUUGGGAUGAGGAUCGUUUGAAUAUCGGAUACGAAAAUUGUAAAUUUUAUGCAGUGUCUCUUGUUCAAUACAUACAUGCAUAUAUAUUUUUGCUAAAUAUUUGUCGUUCACAGCUUUCGUUGGCUAUCGAAGUUCAACUAUCAAAAUUCGUUAAAAAUUUCGAAAAUUCGAUCUUGAGACGUUUCUUAAAACCUUUGCCUAAGCAUCGAAGUAUCUUCUCUGAAAAUUCGAAAUUUUUAGAUGUCACGGUAAAUGUUUUUUCUAAAAAAUCGAUAACUUCCUUAUUCGUAAUACUAGAAUUUUUAUACUCUUCGUUUGAUCCUUGUGAGCAUAUUUUCUUAGUGUCUUGAAAAGAAUUGCUAAAUGUUAUUUCGAACG